AAAAGAAAAAAGUAAAGACCUGCAAAUUAACGUACGAGAUACGAGCGCCACAGCUUCUCUCUCUAUCUCUCUCUCUCUCUCUAAAUUUCAGACAUAUAAAGUCAAAGUCUUCACCAGCGAUACACGCACAAAAACACAGUAAACUGUGUAUAUGUAUCUAUCUAUGUCUUUCUCCUCAACUCUCAAUCCUCUAUCUGCUGUGUUUGUUUUUGUAAUUUACUAAAUAAAGCUCUGAUCUUUAUCUGUGUGUAUAUAAUGAAAUGAAGCUUCCACGGUGGUUACCCCUUUUCCUCCUCCUCCUCGCAACCACCACUUCCGCCGUAGAUAUCCUUCCCGGCGCCACCCUCUCCGCUUCCGACCCCAACUCUAAGUGGACUUCCCCAAACAACACCUUCGCCCUCACCUUCGUACCAGACCCCACCGCCGCCUCUCCACAAACCCUCAUCGCCGCCGUCACAUACAACAACAUAACCAUCUGGCAAGCCGGACCCACCACCAACUCCUCCGCCGUCCUCCGCCUCCUCCCCUCCGGCGACCUCCAGCUCCUCCCGACCCCCACCUCCACCACCCCCCUCUGGUCCUCCGCCACAGCCAACCUCGGCGUCUCCGCCGCCUCCCUCGAAGACUCCGGCAAUUUCGUACUCAAGAACUCCUCCGGCGCCGCCGUGUGGUCGUCCUUCGACCGUCCAACCGACACCAUCGUUCCCACGCAGAAAUUCAACACCAGCCACACCCUCUCAUCCGGGCUGUACUCAUUCAAGAUUCAGACAAAUGGGAACCUCACACUUUCAUGGAACAACACCGUUAUCUACUACAACUCCGGCCUCAAUUCCACCACAAAUUCAAACCUAACAAACCCUAACCUCGACAUUAUCUCCACCGGCAUCCUUACCCUCUCCGAUCCCACGCUCUCGAGCCCGCAAAACUUAGCCUACGCCAGCGAUUUCGACGGCGAAGGCGAAAUUAUGAGGUUUGUGAAAUUAGACAAUGAUGGGAAUUUAAGGAUUUACAGUUCCGUAAAAGGGAGUGGAACCGUAAACCCGAGAUGGGCCGCUGUAAGCGAUCAGUGUCAGGUUUUCGCGUUCUGUGGCAACAUGGGAAUAUGCAGUUACAACGACACCUAUCCAAUCUGCGGGUGCCCUUCGCUGAACUUCGAAUUCAACGAUGUUAGAGAUACUAGGAAAGGCUGUAAGAGAAAAGUGGAGCUCCAAGAUUGUCCUGGGGGAGAAACUAUGCUGCAGUUGGAUCAUUCCAAGUUCUUGAAUUUCCAACCCGAAAUGACUUUCCAAGGCAUUUCUGCUUGUAGGCUCAAUUGUCUCGUCGGGCCUUGCAUUGCUUCAACUGCUCUUGCAGAUGGAUCGGGGCAGUGUUACACAAAGUCGAGUAACGAUUUUGUAGUUGGCUACCAUUCCCCGGCCAUUCCUAGUACUUCGUUUGUUAAGGUUUGUCCGCCGGUGCAGCCUAAUCCAAAUCCAUCUCUCGGUUUAUCGGGCGGUGAUGGGAGGAAUAGGUGGAGGUUGAGGGCUUGGGUGGUGGUGGUGGCGGUUUUGGCUUCGGUUAUCGGAUUGUUAGCUGUGGAAGGCGGUUUGUGGUGGUGGUGCUUCCGAAACAGCCCCAAAUUCGGUGCGCUAUCCGCCCAAUACGCACUUCUUGAAUACGCAUCCGGUGCACCGGUGCAAUUCUCUUACAAGGAGCUCCACAAGGCGACUAAAGGGUUCAAGGAGAAGCUCGGUGAAGGAGGAUUCGGAGUGGUGUACAAAGGGGUUCUUGCUAAUCGAACCGUAGCUGCGGUGAAGCAAUUAGAAGGGAUCGAACAAGGCGAAAAGCAAUUCCGAAUGGAAGUAGCUACCAUUAGUAGCACCCAUCAUUUGAAUUUGGUGAGAUUGAUUGGAUUUUGCUCGGAGGGUCGCCAUAGGCUACUAGUAUACGAGUUCAUGAAAAACGGGUCCCUCGAUAAUUUCCUCUUUACAUCCGAUUCGUCCGAGGAGCAAUCGGGUAAGCAUUUGAAUUGGGAGUGUAGGUACAACAUUGCACUCGGUACCGCAAGAGGGAUAACGUACCUUCAUGAGGAAUGUAGGGAUUGCAUUGUACACUGCGAUAUCAAGCCAGAGAAUAUUCUUCUCGACGAAAAUUUCCACGCAAAAGUUUCGGAUUUCGGUCUUGCGAAACUCGUUAAUCCGAAGGAUCAUAGGUAUAGGACUUUGACGAGCGUGAGGGGUACGAGGGGUUAUUUGGCCCCCGAAUGGAUUGCUAAUCUUCCAAUAACUUCGAAAUCGGACGUGUACAGUUACGGAAUGGUAUUGAUGGAGAUUGUGAGUGGGAAGAGGAAUUUCGAAGUGUCGGGCCAAACGGGACAUAAGAAGUUUACAGUGUGGGCUUAUGAGGAGUUCGAGAAGGGUAAUUUCGAGGCAAUUGUGGAUCGGAGGAUUUACGGUGGUGAGAUUGAUAUCGAGCAAGUUAAGAGAGUGAUUGAAGUUAGUUUUUGGUGCAUUCAAGAACAGCCUUCUCAAAGGCCUAUGAUGGGGAAAGUUGUUCAAAUGCUGGAAGGGGUUGUGGAGAUCGAUAAGCCGCCGCCACCUAAGGCCGCGACGGCGGUUGGUGGUGGAGAAGGAUCUGUGGCGGGAAAUAGUGUCACAGGCAGUAGCUUUAGCGUUGUCUCUACUUUUGCGGCUUCGAUGCCGCUGCCUUCUUCUUCGUCGUCGGGGAAGCUUGGGGAUCGUGCAUCGUCUUCGUUACUAUAUUCCGAGACGAAGUGAGGGAAUUUUUAGUACAUUGUAACAAGCAAACAGAAGAAAAAACUUGUAUCUUGCAAGUUCUCUUUCUCAUUGUUGUAAUAUUUAAGGUUAAUCAAAUUUUUUUACCUGUUGUAAUAAAAUUGUAUCAAGAAAAUGAUAAACUGAGGAAUUGUAAUUAGUGUUGCAUAUUUAUUAAAGGUGUUUUUUCUUUCCCAAUAAAUAAUGGAACAUUCUG